CCUAAACCGGUUAUAAAUAUUAAAGCAAAGCAUACUCAGAAGAUCUCUAAAGAGCAAACAAAACCAUAGAGUCUCACUUUCAGUGCUUCUAACGCUUUAAUAAUGGAAGACUCGAUAGGAGGUUGACAAGACAUGAAGAUAUUAAGAUAAGUGGUGUGUGGUCAAAUCUGAUACAUGCAAUUUCGACCAAAAGCAAGCUUCAAAGACUAUUGCACAGUUUUUUUCAAAGCUGCCCCACAUAUCUUCAUCUUCUUCUCUUGCAACCUCAUAAACCAUGCUCUUCUUCCUCUACAGUUCUGUCUGAAUUUCCGCACAAGUCAACUCUCCUGUCGUAAUACCAUUCAAAGAAGGACCAUAUAACAAACGGGUAGGAGGAGAAAUAUAUAAUCUAGUUUCUUCAGAAAAUGGAAUAUAAGUCUUGAUAUUUUGUAGAUCUAGAUAUCAAGAAUCACAAGUCUGUAAUCACAUCACCAAUGAAGACUAUCUCUGUGUUGGUCUUCUUCUUCCUCUUCUUUCUCAUCGCAGAAGCCAGGAGAAAGAAAAUGACAGAUUGUGCCAAGACAUUCUCUUGUGGAAGCCUCGACUUCAGGUUCCCUUUCUUUAACACAACCAUGCGGUCUCGAUGCGGUCUGUUCAGGCUGAAGUGCACUGAUCACCAGAUUUCAGAGAUGCAGCUUGAGGAAAAUGGGAAAUGGUACAAAGUGAAGAGCGUCUCUCAAGCCAACACCAUAACUAUCACCGACCCGAGGCUUAACAAAAGCUUGGAAGCAGGAUCAUGUACUGACUUGUCAAACUUCUCUCUUCCAGAUUCUCCAUGGCUCGAAUUGACCACUUUGUACAAAUGCAACAACAGUAGGGAGAAUGGUUUCACUUAUGCAAAUUGCAAAGGAGGAGGAAGCAGCUUGUACUACUCCAAUUUGACAGAUCAUUCAGGGUGUUCAAUUAUCAAGACUCCAGAGAGCUGGAAUAUUUCAAGAAACAAGAACCAGUCUAUUAUUCUUAAUGCUACUUUCUCUCUUCGUACAAACGUGACUCGAGCCUGCCGUCACUGCUAUAGACGAGGAGGAGAAUGUACGAUGAUCAAAGACAAGUUUCACUGCCGUGGAGGAGGCAAAGAAGACUACCAAGAUGUGAAGUUAAAGCUAGGAUUAGGAAUCGGAGGAUUUCUCAUCUUGAUAAUCAGCUUGGUUGCACUCUUUAUCUUCAUCCAAAGGAAUUGGAGAAGGAAAACCAGUUCAGACCUCAUCUCAACAUACAACUCGAACUCUGACGUUGAGUUUAGUCAUGUCUUCUUUAAGAUACCAAUCUUCUCCUAUAAAGAACUUCAAGAAGCCACAGACAACUUCAGUAAAGACAGGUUACUAGGAGAUGGAGGCUUUGGCACUGUCUACUAUGGAAAAGUGCGUGAUGGACGAGAAGUUGCAGUGAAGCGUCUCUAUGAGCACAACUACAGAAGGCUCGAGCAGUUCAUGAACGAGAUAGAGAUCCUCACACGUCUCCAUCACAAGAACCUAGUCUCUCUCUACGGAUGCACUUCACGUCGCAGCAGAGAGCUUCUCCUCGUCUACGAGUUUAUUCCAAACGGCACGGUUGCAGAUCAUCUCUUCGGUGAAACUGAAAACCCAACACACCAAGGCUUUUUAACAUGGUCGAUGCGCAUGAGCAUCGCCAUUGAAACAGCGACCGCUUUGGCUUACCUUCACGCUUCUGAUAUCAUUCACCGCGAUGUCAAGACUACAAACAUUCUCCUCGACCGGAACUACGGAGUCAAAGUUGCGGAUUUCGGACUGUCGAGGUUGUUCCCGACUGAUGCAACUCAUGUUUCAACUGCUCCUCAGGGCACUGCGGGAUACGUGGAUCCUGAGUAUCAUACCUGUUAUCAUCUAACCGACAAGAGCGAUGUAUACAGCUUCGGAGUGGUUCUUGUCGAGCUGAUAUCCUCGAAGCCUGCUGUUGAUAUAAACAGGUCCAAGAGUGAGAUCAACCUAUCAAGCUUAGCUAUAAACAUGAUACAGAACAACGCGACACACGAGCUGAUUGAUCAGAGUCUUGGAUACGGAACCAAUGAAGGAGUUAGGAAAAUGACUACAAUGGUGGCAGGUUUGGCUUUUCAGUGCUUGCAGCAAGAUGGUACAAUGAGACCUACAAUGGAACAGGUUGUGAAAGAGCUAAAGGAGAUCCAGAACGGGGAGCAAAAAUGUCAAUACUACAACUACAGAGAAGAGACAGUAACUCCGCAUCCUUCGCCACCGGAUUGGGGAGAAGCUUCGCUCAUAGAGAAUAAAAAAUUCCCACGAUCACCCAUCUCUGUGACUGAACAAUGGACCAGUAAAUCAACCACACCGAACACCAGUGCCUACAGUUGCUAAGGUACCAUCAGGUUUUGCUUUCUUCUCAUUUGUGUCAGUGGAAAGAUAUAAGAUGAAACACAGAGUUGUGAAGUUGCAGGUAUUGAGAAAAUAUACAUAGUGACUUAACUUGAACUACUAAUCACGAAUUUUCUAUGUCUAAUUUUGUCUACCAUACUCAAUAUAUGUGACUGUAUCUGUAUGUAAUAUUAACUCAAAUGAACAAAAAAAAAAAAAAAUUGACUAAGA